AUGCAUUGCGGAGUGAAACUCGGCAACGUGGGCGUGACACGUCUCAUGAGGAUUGCUUCUAGUCAGCGCAAGCGCGUGUUGUCGGGAGUGUCGUCUGGUCCGUUGGCGGAAGCAGAGGACGACAAGAGCCAUGGGAUCGAGUCUUCCUCUGCACGCAGUCGUCGUCGCGCUCUGCCCGAGGAUGGCAAGACGCUGGGAGAUUUCUUUGACGACGGCGCCGGCGUCGUGCGUGACGGUAAGGAAGAAGAAGACAAAAAGAUGAAGAAUAAAAGUGGCGAGCGGACGAGACUGCCGUCGUGGCUAAAGACGGAAAUCCCCGUCGGCAAGAACUAUGCCAGGAUCAAAAACAGUCUGCGCUCGCUCAAUUUGCAUACGGUGUGCGAAGAGGCUCGGUGUCCCAAUAUCGGCGAGUGUUGGGGCGGCGGAGAACACGGCACGGCCACUGCCACUGUCAUGUUAAUGGGCGGUGAAUGCACUCGGGCUUGUCGGUUUUGUUCAGUGAAAACGUCACGUCGGCCGCCGCCGUUGGAUCCGAACGAACCCGCAAAUACAGCCAAGGCUUUGGCCGACUGGGGAGUGGACUACAUUGUCCUCACCUCUGUUGAUCGCGAUGAUUUGGCGGACGGAGGUGCGGCCCACUUUGCCGAGACGGUGCGUGAGAUCAAGGCCCGCUGUCCCGGCAUGUUGGUGGAGUGCCUGACCCCGGACUUUAGCGGAGACCUGGACUGCGUGCGGUUGCUGGUCGAGUCGGGCCUGGACGUGUUUGCGCACAAUGUGGAGACGGUGGAGCGGCUGCAGCGGCGGGUCCGCGACCCCAGGGCCAACUACGCGCAGAGUCUGGCCGUCUUGCAACACGCCAAACGCUGCGUCGGCGGCCCGGACGGCGAACGAACGCCGCCACUCACCAAGACCUCGCUCAUGCUCGGCCACGGCGAGACGGACGACGAGAUUCUGCAGACGAUGAAAGACCUCAGGGAGAUUGGCGUGGACUGCCUGACUCUGGGCCAGUACAUGCAGCCGACGAAGCGGAUGCUGCGAGUAGCAGACUACGUGACGCCCGACAAGUUCGCCCACUGGCAGCGAGUCGGCGACGAACUGGGCUUUGUGUACACGGCCAGUGGACCGCUCGUGCGCUCGUCUUACAAAGCCGGAGAGUUCUUUAUCAAGAAUGUGCUGCAAAACCGGAGUCGAGGCGAGACGGACGGGGGUGGUGGUGGUAGCAGUAGCAGUGGAAGUGGCAGUGGCCCGUAG